UGUGCUAACCAUUCUGUUGGCGACAUUGAUAUUCUGAUCUGAAAACAAUUGCUUCACGUAAGACGUAAAAGAUGGCGGGAAGAAAAGGAAAACGCGAAAAGAAAUUAGUGAAAUUGCCAGAAUCGCGCAUUAAAACUAUUAUGAAAAGUUCGCCAGAAGUUGAAAAUAUUGGGAAAGAAGCGUUGUUUCUAGUUAACAAAGCGACGGAGUUUUUUAUACAUUAUUUGGCAAAAUCUGCUCAUGCCAUUUCAAGUAACAAACAAGAAUUAUGUUACAGUGAUGUUGCAGAAAUUGUACAGACAAAUGAAAUAAUGUCAUUUAUAAAAGAAAUAAUGCCUAGGACUAUAACCUUUAGUCAGUAUAAGGAAUUAAUGGUAGCCAAAGGCUUACCUAUCGAAUAUGAAAGUUCAGAAAGUGAAAGUGAUGUGAAGGGCAGAAAAUCUAAUGAAGAAGAAUUUGAUUAUUUUGAGCCAGAACAAAGUUAUGAAGACAGUGAAAAUGUUUUUGAAAUGGAAGAUGAGAUAAAAGAAAGCAAGUUAACCAUGGAUGUCAGAACCAUCGACUCUUUGCCGUAUGAUAUAAUUCUUGAAAUAUUCCAGUACUUAUCAUUUGAAGAUUUAGUGUUGUCUGUUCAAUUUGUGAACCAAAACUGGCAGAACAUUGUCCAAGAAUCAAUUUCAUGGAAAAAUAUAACUUUCAAGCCGCCUUAUGGCUCAACUACUGAAAGUGUUGUAAUGUUAUUGUCAAAAUGUCCAUUUCUGAAGUCAUUUGAAUUUCGUGAAGGCCUCAAAAAGGCAGAUUUAUUUAAUGCCCUUUGUAAGUAUAAUCCUAUGAUUACAUCCCUUUCUUUUGGCACCUUUGAGGCAGAUACUCCAAUGAUUGAGACAUUAAUCCAAAAAUUCCCAAAUCUGGAAUAUUUACAACUUUCUUUAUCAGUGUUUGUGAAUCACACCUCUUAUCUGUGUAAACUUAAAAAUUUGAAAAAAAUUAAGUGUAUCCAGUUAUUCCAUCAAUAUUCAGUUCUUGAGCAGAGAUCAGGAGAAAUUGAAUUAAAAGAUGGAGAUUGGCAUUCCUUGGAGGCUUUGGAUCUUUAUAGUGAGCAUUCAUGUGAAACUUUUCAUCAAAUGAUGUCAUUUGUGCAAGGAAGACUUAAAAGUUUGGAAAUGCAAACCCUCCAUUCUUCUCGGUUUCUUACUCAUAUACCACUAUGUGUGCAAUUGCAAACAUUAAAAUUAAACUUCAUGGCGAGGCAGUUUGCAGAAACUGAUUUUGGUGAAUUUUUUGCAGACUUGAAAAAUUUAAUAAAUCUCAAGUGUUUGAGUCUGACCUCAUUUGUUAAUGAAGACUCGGAUGUAAUAUCUUGUAUGUUUCUUAAAAGUAAAUUCCCUAAACUUGUUGAACUGAAUUUAGCCAACUCUUCUACAGUCAGCCUUCGUGUAUUUAAAAGUAUUUCCACAGCUUGUGCACAGCUUUCAAUAAUUUGCUUGAAAGGAUGUGUUGUAGUGGACGAUGCAUGCUUGAAGGAAAUAGCCCAGUGUUCCCUUUUGUCCAGCUUAGACAUUUCUGGUUGCCCUGCUGUGACUGACAAGGGGUUAUCAUAUCUGAAAAAUUGUCUGCAUUUACAAGAGUUGAAGAUGAAUUGGAAUGGUCUCAUAACACUUCCCAUGUUGGGUGAAAUAGCUAAAAUGAAAAGUACUAAGAAAUUAUAUCUUGACAGUACAGAAAUCAACUCCAGUAUCCUUGUUGAGACCCUGAAGCAACUGCCACAUUUGAAGUUCCUGUCGGUUUGUCGAACUUCCGGAGUAGAUGGAGAACAGGUGCAAGGAUUGUUGCCUAAUUGCUUUGUGCAAUAUUGUAAAAAAGACAAGAGUGAAACUCUUAGAGAAAGAUGUAUUAAUGUGACACAUCUUGUGCUUCAAGGACCUGAUAAAAAGGUAUUAAAAGGAUUGCAGCAUUGUAGAAAUCUCGAAGACCUAAGUAUCGAUUUCAUGGCGAAACCAUGUUACAGCUUUAUUUCAGUGAUCCAAGAUUUCAAACAUUUUGGAAAAUUACACACUCUAGCUCUGAAAGGAUUUGUAGUCACUAAGAAAGGAAUUUUGGGAGAUCUACUUGCCCAAAAAGGAUUAUCUCAGCUUAGAGAUUUAGAUCUUGAGAAUUGCUGUAGUUUAGAACUUGAAGAUGCUCAAUUAAUAGCUUCUGAACAUCCCAAACUAGAAAAAUUGAGACUAAAAGGUUGUGUAGGCUUAAAGAAUGAAGCAUUAUCAGCGUUUUUAAGAAUGGGAGAUCUUCGCUUGUUAGACAUUUCAGGUUGCACUACUCUUACUGAAACUGGGUUGUUGUCUUUGCAGGAAUGCAAAAACUUGGAAGAAUUAAAUUUAUCUGGACUCUCCCGUGAAACUACAUUAAGUGAUCAUGUGUUAAAUGGUGUUCUGUCUUUGCCCAACCUUUCUAAAUUGAGUUUGUCCACGCAUGACAGUGUAGACACUUUCAUCAAAAGCAAAAACUGGGUUAUCAAGGAAAUGGCUCAUGGUGAAAGUGUUUCUGUUUAUGUGCCUUCUGAAAAUGCAAUUAAUCCGUAAAUUUUGUGCUCAAUAUUCAUAAAUUGUAAAACAUUGAGAGUGUAUGAUUUUUGUAUAAAGAUUUUUAUUUGUGAUGUUUUGAAUACAACCAAAGUUAAUGUAUUGUUCUGAUGAAUGUACAGCUACUUCAAUUCUUAAUGAGUUAAAGUUUGGAAUUAAAAUUUUACGCCUCAGCGUUUGUUAGAUUACAGAAAAAUAUUAUAAUUAGAUAUAGAGGUAUUAACAAUAAGAGGUAAUAAAAUAAUGUGUCAUGUUACCAAGCUGAUUUGUGUGUGUGUAAAUUGUUUGAAAUCAAGUUUUAAAGUGGUAACUUUGUAUAUGAAAAAAAAUGUAAAAAGAAGGCCACUUCCUUCUUGGUUAUGCUCUAAAAGAUUGUGUUUUUUGAGGCUACUGCUUUCAUUGUGAAACUGAGACAUCUUCAUUUUGUCCUCAUGUUAAAUGGCGACAAUAAAAGGUGCUAAUCAACUAGUAAAUUAAUUCAUUUCUCCCUGUGUUAAUGCUCUGUCUGGAUUAAAAGUCUUUAGAAAGGAAGUUGGUAUUAGGGCAAGUCAAUAGUGUUGGCCAUUGGGAACAGCCCUGAAUUACCUAAAAAAAAAUAGAAUUCAUUUUAAUAUUAUGAAUAAUUAUAUGGAAUUCAUUAUUAUGAUUGAAGUAAAUUUUAUAAUUAAACAAAAUUUAUUUUCAAAUUCUUCUCAUAACUGGGUUUUAUUUAUAUCCUAUUUGCUGUAAUGAAUAUUGUGUAAUAUCUUAAUUUAACUGAAUUAUUUUGUGAUAACUGAAGCUUUUUCACAAAUAAAAAUUUACAAUGUGCUGUCUGAAAUUAAAAUACUCAACCAAUCACAUUACUGUGAUGCCUAUGGCACUUACAACAUUUUUAUAAAUAUUUUUUCAAAAAAUUAAAUCAUAUUGUACAAAAAUCAGGAAAAAUUGGCCAUUUACCCAUGCCUGAGACAUGUUACAUUACCUCACUUACAUCAAACAACUGGUGAAGGCUUAGCCAUAUGUUGACACCAAUCCAUCCAUGGUUUAAUUUUUGAAAGCUUUUUACUUUAUGCAGAAAUUGGUAUUCGUGAUGAGUUCUUAAUUACAUUUUAUUUUUUAGAAAUAGUUCUACUUCUUCAAGUUAAAGCUAGACAGAAGUUUUAGAAAAUGUGGAAUGAAAUUUAUGAAAAAUAAAUAGAACUACAAACCAUGGUUCAGUACAGAGAAGGAAAUCAACCCUACCUUUCGAAAAUAGAAUAUACUAUUUCUUAAACUAGUGGGGCUAAAAGACCAUGUACUUUCUUGCCAUUAGGAAUGGUUACGUAGUACUGUUUCAUACAACUUCUCUCUGAAUUAUUUUUUGUAAAAUUCAUUUGAAAAUGUAUAACAUUUGGUGUGAAAAAUAUGAAGUAAACAAGGAAGUAAAAUGUGUAAAUAAAGUAAAGAAUAUAAUAUUGUAAUAUUC